AUGAAUAAGGAGCACCACAGUACUAGUCAAGUGUACUCGAAACGGAGGAUCGCCAACAAAUAUUCAAUGGAGUUCAAUGAUAUCCACAUGAACGUAACCCACAACCCGCAAAGUGGUGCAAAUAAAGUGGAUGUCAUAGCAAAAUGUCGUCAAAUUAAUAAGGAAAAAUCCGGAAAAUCUUUUACAAAUGAAGCGCUUUGGGGAGUCGUGAGGAACAAACCAAAAUGGAUGAAUCUAAAAAAAAUGUUGAUGAUUUUGCGGGUAUGUCCAAACGAAGUAGAACUUCCGAGUCAACCCACCAUCAAUCUUCUAAUGCUCAUAUCAGGAUUGACCUCAACAACGAUGAUCCAUAUGAAGCUCCAACUCGUCCUAUGGGACGAGAAAAAGCUAAAAGGUGGUCAAAGUUCAUCGAAUAAAUAUAUAAAGCAAUGA